GUCAUGGGAGGAGCUCACCUGUAUUUUAUUACCACUGUAAACACAAUUGAUGUCAGCUGUUGUUGCGAGCUGAGCAGGGGAUUGUAAACUUACCCAACAAGUUGAUAGUACUAAACUUUGUAAAAGGUCCACAGGGGGAGUUAACGCGUGUUCAUAAACAGUGUAACAGAACGUGGACGCAUAACCGAACAAAUGCACGACUUUAACUCGACCGAGGGUUUUAUGACGAGGCGAAGUGCGCACGUGCGCAGAAAUCUACUGCUUUCUGCACUUAUAUGUCUUGUUCUAGGACUAGCAAUUGGUCUUCUUAUUGGGAGAUUCGCCACGUGCCCGGAAGAGUCAGAAGGGAACGUCCAAGGCGUUUUCUUACCAGGAGUCUCGGACAAAAUUGUUCAGGAUGGGGACCCUACUAUCAGCGAGGAAAUUAUCAGCAGCAUUAAUCCAGACAACAUCAGAAACUACCUCAGGGACCUGUCGGAAUUUCCUCACCUUGCUGGUACUGAUGCUGACUACCGACAAGCUAAAGAGCUACAAGACUUUUGGAAACAGGAAGGAUUGGAUGAGGCUUUCCUAACGCCGUAUGACGUCCUGUUAUCCUACCCGAACGUCACUGAUGACGACAUGAUGAACCGGAUAGAACUCCUAAACGACACAGAUGGGAUAGUAUAUCAGUCCCCACUAAGGGAGAAGAUUCUGUACCCUACAGAGAACAAGAGUGACGUGGUACCAUCCUUCAACGCCUACUCCGCCCCGGGAGACAUAGUAUCGGAGCGCCUGGUGUAUGUAAACUACGGCCGAUUGGAGGACUACCGUUGGCUAAAGAACAACACCUCCGUCAACAUAACGGGCGCCAUUGUAAUAGCCCGAUAUGGAAAGAUCUUUCGUGGAGACAAGGUUCACCUGGCUAGUGAGUACGGUGCAAUAGGUAUUAUCAUUUACUCUGACCCUGCCGAUUACACCCUGGACGGAAGUACGUUACGUGUAUAUCCGGAAGACUGGUGGCUCCCUCCCUCAGGAGCACAACGGGGAACUAUAUUCAGAGGUCUUGGAGACCCACUGACGCCCGGCUACCCUGCAACAGAGACAGCAUACAGAUAUGGAGAAGACAGCCGCGAGGCCAGAUUACCUACCAUCCCUGCCCACCCUGUAGGCUACGGUAUAGGACAGAAACUACUCGGUGCUAUGGCGGGAGAUGAGGUGCCGGCGGAUUGGAAAGGAACAUUAAAUAUUACCUACCGUCUCGGGGGACGUCUAAAUACAGCAGGCUGGAAAAUCAGAAUGUUUAUUUCAACACAAAAUUCCAUGAGGAGGACCUAUAAUGCUUUUGGAAUUAUACGAGGAUCCAUAGAACCAGACCGAUACGUAUUGAUGGGUAACCAUAGAGACGCCUGGGUCUUUGGCGCCAUUGACCCGUCUAGUGGUACUGCGACCAUGAUGGAAGUUUCCAGGGUGAUGGGUAACCUGGUAAAACAAGGAAGAUGGCGACCGCGACGAACCAUCAUUUUCUGUAGUUGGGGUUCAGAAGAGUAUGGUCUUCUAGGAUCCAACGAAUGGGUGGAGCAAUACGUGAAGAAUCUAGGCUCCAGGUCGGUUGCUUAUGUCAACGUAGAUAUCGCCGUGACGGGAAACUUCUCCUUUAGAGCCUCCGGGACACCUCUGAUGUAUCAGUCAAUGUUCGACGCCACAAGACAGGUUCCCAAUCCCGAUGGCGGGGACGUACAACACGGUUUACAUACAGUCUACGACAAAUGGCGGACGAGUUUUCCGGGACAGGAUAAGUCAAAACCAUAUAUGGGGACGCUUGGGGCAGGCAGCGACUAUGCUGGGUUUGUGCAACUUGCAGGAAUUCCAUGUGUGAGCGUCCAUUACUCUUAUGACAUGAAUACUUACAAGAUCGGGUCCUAUCCCUUGUACCACACUGUGUAUGAGACAUUCUAUGCCGUGGAUCAGCUUAUUGAUAGAGGCUUCAAGCGUCAUCAAGCCGUCGCUCAAACUACAGCCGAACUGAUGAGGAAUCUGGCUGACUCUCUCAUAGUUCCGUUUGAUGUGACAGACUUUGCUAACAACCUUCAGACUUUAGUAAACACAUUGGACUCAGAUUAUGGAGCACUUCUCAGAAGUCAAGGCAUACGAUUUGAUUGGAUAAAGCAGGCUGCAGACAAUUUUUCCUCCGAAGCAGCAACAUUCAAGACUUUAGUGGAGAAUGUAAACAAGAAUGACCCGUUUGCUAUUCGCCGGAUAAAUGACCAGUUGAUUUUGAUGGAGCGGGCUUUCAUGGAUCCCGCAGGACUUCCGGGUCGACCCCAAUCUAGACAUAUCCUAUUUGCGGAGAGCAGCGUUAAUUCCUACGCCGGAAGCAGCUUCCCAGGCCUAGUAGAUUCAUUGUUUGAAAUAGAGACUAUUCCGGAAGCGGAAGCAGUGGCACGAUGGGAGAUUGUGAAACACCAUUUUUCUGUGAUAGUAUUUACGAUAAACUCAGCGCAGUCGACACUCCGGGAAGUGUCUUCGUUUAUGCCCGAGUUCAAUGGAAAACCUUAAAUACCUUUGUACAUGUGCCGCCAUCACACGUGUAAUCAUCACACAAUGUAAUAGAACAUUUGAAAUUGUUUUGUUUUCGGUAGCUAACUAGUUUUAUGUGUGUAAGGCCUGCCAUUGUGGCAUAAUCAUCCUUAAGGUUGUGUUACCGAUGAACUUAUAUCUUUAACUACAAAAUUUACAUAGUUUGGCUUUAUUUAACAAUUGAACGCUUGUUAUAUUGCAUUUAUUGUCAACAUAAAUGCAAUCUGGAUGACAAAGAAUAGAAUGUCGUCUUGAAUAUUUAUCUGUCACAAUAAUUGAUAUAUUUUCAUUAACAUAGGUUUUUAUGUUUCUUUACUUAAAAAAAUUGUUCUUUGCUUUCACUUCUGUCGCAGU